AUGGAGAGGGGAAACCGAACAGGCGUCUCAGAAUUCCUCCUCCUGGGACUGUCCGACCGAGAGGAGCAGCAGCAGCUCCUCUUCAUUCUGUUUCUCUGGAUGUACCUACUCGGGGUCCUGGGGAGCCUUACCAUCGUCCUGGCCAUCGGAUCCGACCCACAUCUGCACACCCCCAUGUACUUCUUCCUCACCAACCUCUCCCUGGCCGACAUCUGCUUCCUGUCCACCACGGUCCCCAAGAUGCUGAUCAACAUUGAGACCCACAGCAAAUCCAUAUCAUACUCAGGCUGCAUGGUACAAAUAUAUUUCUUCAGUCUGUUCGUAAAUCUGGACCAUUUUCUCCUCACCGGGAUGGCUUAUGACCGCUAUGUAGCCAUAUGCCACCCCCUCCACUAUACCACCAUCAUGAGCCCACGGCUCUGUGCCCUGAUGGUUGCUGGGUCCUGGAUACUCAGCAGUCUCCAUGCUCUGACACAUACUUCAAUGGUGCUUCGAAUAACCUUCUGUGGAAACCAAACCAGCAUCACGGAAUUCCUCCUCCUGGGACUGUCCGACUGGGCAGAGCAGUGGCAGCUCCUCUUCGUCCUGUUCCUCUGGUUGUACCUUCUCGGCGUUGUGGGGAGCCUGCUCAUUGUCCUGGCCAUCAGCUCUGACCCGCACCUGCACACCCCCAUGUACUUCUUCCUCACCAACCUCUCCCUAGCCGACAUCUGCUUCCUAUCCACCACGGUCCCCAAGAUGCUGGUCAACAUUCAGACCCAUGACAAAUCCAUAUCCUACGCUGGCUGCCUGGCGCAAAUGUACUUCUUCAUUCUGUUUGGAGGUCUGGACCACUUUCUCCUCACUGGGAUGGCAAAUGACCGUUACGAGGCCAUAUGCCACCCCCUCCACUACACCACCAUCAUGAGCCCCCGGCUCUGUAGCCUGCUGAUUGCUGGAUCCUGGAUCUUCAGUUCCCUCCAUGCCCUGAUACACACCCUAUUAGUGGUUCGCUUAUCCUUCUGCUCGAAUCGUGAAAUUCUUCACUUCUUCUGUGAACUUUACCAGAUCCUAGAGCUUUCCUGUUCUAGCGUCGUCAUCAAUAAACUAAUGGUGUUUGUCUUUACAGGACUGAUUGGGGUAGGACCAAUAUUUGGCCUCCUGUUCUCUUACAUUCGCAUCAUCUCCACCAUAUUGAGAAUCCCAUCUGCAGGGGGAAGGUGGAAAGCUUUCAGCACCUGUGGCUCUCACCUGACCGUGGUCUCCUUAUUCUACAGCACUGUUCUUGGAACCUACCUUUGUCCAACAUCUACCCAAGCAUUCAGUAAGGGCUUGAUAGUGUCUGUGCUGUACACAGUGGUCAUCCCUACAAUGAAUCCCUUCAUCUACAGCCUGAGGAACAAGAACAUGAAAGAGGCCCUGAGAAAUACAUUCAACAGGAAAAGUGUCUUCUCUCGAGGAUUCUGA